AUGGAUUAUCAGAACCGAGCUGGUGCUAACAAAGGUGGUGGUGGUGUGGCAGGUGAUUCAGAGACUGCGGUCGAUAGAAGGGAAAGAUUGAGAAAAUUGGCUUUGGAGACUAUCGAUUUAGCUAAAGAUCCUUAUAUACUUCGAACACAUCUCGGUACUUUAGAAUGUCGACUCUGUCUCACAUUACAUAUCAACGAAGGUUCUUACUUGGCACAUACACAAGGUAAAAAACAUCAAACGAAUUUAGCAAGACGUGCAGCUCGUGAUAAUCGUGAUCAAAAUUUAUCAAUUGCAAGACCGACACCACAACAACAAGUUCGUAAAAAAGUAUUUGUCAAAAUUGGUAGACCUGGUUAUAAGAUCAUCAAGAUCAGGGAUCCUUCAAGUGGACGAUUAGGUUUAUUGUUUACUGUUAGUUUACCGGAGAUAAAACAAGGGGAACAACCUAGGAGAAGGUUUAUGAGUGCUUUUGAACAAAGAAGGGAAGUACCUAAUCGUGCUUUUCAAUAUUUUGUCCUCGCGGCGGAACCAUACGAGACCAUAGCAUUUGCUAUUCCAGCUAAAGAAAUGGUAGAUCCUGAAGAAGAUCCAGGAUCGACAUGGGAGCACUGGGAUGCAGACGAAAAGGUUUACUCUUGUCAAUUUCUGUACAAAUAG